AUGAAAAACCCUUCCCUCGUGCUUAACAAAAUCGACGAUAUCUCUUUCGAAGAGUUUGACGCUCCAAAACUCACCCAACCCCACGAUGUCCUUAUCGAAGUCAAGAAAACCGGUAUCUGCGGCUCAGAUAUCCAUUACUAUGCCCAUGGCAAGAUUGGAGACUUUGUGUUGACCAAGCCUAUGGUGUUGGGCCACGAGUCUGCUGGUGUGGUGGCAGAAGUUGGCUCGGGCGUUACUUCCUUGAAGGUGGGCGAUAAGGUGGCCAUUGAACCUGGUGUGCCUUCUCGGUUGAGCAAAGAGUAUAAGGCUGGCAAGUAUAACUUGUGUCCCCAUAUGGUGUUUGCGGCGACGCCAGAGUCUAACCCAAAUAAACAGAACCCGCCGGGAACGUUGUGCAAGUACUUCAAGUCGCCAGAGGACUUUUUGGUCAAGUUGCCUGAACAUGUGUCGCUUGAGAUGGGUGCACUUGUGGAACCGUUGAGUGUGGGAGUCCAUGCUUCUCGCCUUGCUAAGGUUUCGUUUGGCGACCAUGUGCUUGUGUUUGGUGCUGGACCUGUUGGGUUGCUUGCAGCUGCUGUGGCGAAGAAGUUUGGUGCUGCUUCGGUGACCGUGGUGGAUAUUUUCGAUAAUAAGUUGCAAAUGGCUAAGGAUAUGGGUGCUGCUACACAUACCAUCAAUUCCAAGACUUCUGAGAAAGCUGUUAGUGAAGAUUUCCCUUCGGGACACGCUCCUACUGUCGUUUUGGAGUGUACUGGUGCUGAAGUGUGUAUUCAGCAAGGUGUGCUUUCGUUGACUCGGGCUGGCCGGUACGUUCAGGUGGGUAACGCUGGCGGGUACGUGAAGUUCCCAAUUACUGAGCUUGCUACGAAGGAAAUCUCCUUGCACGGUUCGUUCAGGUACGGCUUUGGCGACUAUAAGACGUCUGUGGCCAUUUUGGAUGAAAACUAUAAGAACGGCAAGGAAAACGCUACCAUUGAUUUUGAAGCUUUGAUCACAGACAGAUUCUCGUUUAAGGACGCCAUCAAAGCUUACGACCAUGUUCGUGCUGGCGGUGCCGUCAAGUGUAUCAUUGAUGGUCCUGAGUAA